AUGUUUAACGCUCCACGGCCUGCCCAACGAUAUACAGGAAGCACCUCCAAUGGGUUUGGGGGCAGCUUUGUCGAUGAGAACCCUCUCUCAAGUUCUGUUUAUGACGACGGACUUGACCCAUGGAGUGCCGCACCAAGCCCUAGCCCAACACCGAUACCACAAGCGCCAUCUUCUGUAUUUAAUGCAGUCAUAGCCGACGCAACUGUACCAUCUAUAUACCAUCGCGCUUAUGCUUCUGUCGACCCUGCCAACACAGGAGAAACCUCCGUCAAUGCUUUAUCCCGGGUUCUGAGUACGUCAUCGUUGCCAGCUAGCACGAUCGACCGGAUCGUCAACCUUGUCAGUUCACGUCCUAGAGUGUCGAGGCUCGAAUUCUUUGUCGCGUUAGCGUUGGUUGCGCUAGCACAAUCAGGGAAAGACGUUAGCAUUGAGCAAGUUGCUGCUCUAUCGUCCCAGAAUACCCUUCCAGAGCCGACUCUCGACCUCCAAGCUUUAUCCACCAUAACAUCGCCAGCAUCUAUACCCCGGAGAAAUACUAAUCAGACUAUACGUGCCACUCUUCCAGCUUACUCUUCCGACGAUCCGUGGAACUCAAACCCCCGAUUCCCUGCCAAUACUGGUAACACCUCUUUUGGUGGCGCCAUUGAUGGACUGCCUACUGGGCAACCUUCUGGAUUGGCUGGUACUGGGCUACCUAGUGAAUGGUGGAGAAAGGAAGAGAACAUCAAGAUCACUAUUCUGGGCCAGCAAGGGUUCAUCUUGAAUAGAUAUACCGUGUAUGAAAUCCAAUCAGACCGAAGGCAAACUGCUGUCGCUCGUCGAUAUUCCGAGUUUACGUUCUUGUGGGAUGUGCUCGUUCGUCGAUAUCCCUUCCGCCUCUUUCCAGCAUUGCCCCCGAAAAGAGUUGGAGCCGAUGAACAGUUUUUGGAACAAAGACGGCGUGGCUUAACCAGAGCCCUCAACUUUGUUGUUAAUCACCCCAUCAUUAAAGAGGAUGGAGUAUUAGCAGUGUUUUUAAGUGAACCUUCUUUUGAAACAUGGCGCAAGCAGUCAGCAAUAUCUUUGGAAGAAGAGUCAGCAUCCCGACGAGUAGACCGGAUUGAAGAGAUGACAAUUCCCAGUGAUUUGGAAGACAAACUUGCUGUUGUACGAGGAAAGAUUAGUCCUCUAAUCGAACAGUGGCAGAGAAUUUGCAUUCUUGCUGAGCGUAUAAUCAAACGACGCGAAGCAGCUGCGGUACGAACACCCGCCCUGCGUCGAGCCUUUAUCCGGACUCACCUCACUUUGCCUGAACUUUCUCCCUCCUCCACAUCUUCAUCUCUUCCUCCUGGCUCCCCUCGAUCGAUGACCGCUUCCCUCUCACAAUCAUUCUUGGGCUUCAAUACCAAUCCCAAUGUCCUUUCUUCGGAUAAUCAGGGGGACCUUGCCAGAUUAACAAACACACUUCGAGUUGUCGUCGAAGUCAACGAAACGUGUUGGCGAGGGGAUGAUUGUGAAUUGUCGAAUGGCGUGCGCUCUGGCUUGAGCCAAUUAGCUGCACAUACACAACGCCAUUCAGAAAUUUCGGAAUUGCGAUCGCGAAGCCUUCAGGACACCACAUUGGAGUCGCUCAAGGCUCAGAGAGAUCUCUAUCUUGCCACCCGAGAUUUAUUCAUUCGUCACGAUAGACUUUCGCUGGAUCAAGUAGAACGUCUCAAAAAACGGAUUGAAACUACCUCCGUAAAGCUUGACGGUAUUCGAGCAGCACAAAAAGAAAACUGGCAAGAAGAAGCGGAGAAGCUGACAGCCAUGAUCGAAAAGGACCAAGCCACGAUUGCUGCACAGCUCAGUCGCCGUGUUUUUAUUCGAGCAUGCAUGUGGCAUGAACUGCGCGUUGUGCUUCACAAUCGGGAAAAUGCUCUUUUGACGCAAGCCGUAAAAGAAUUUGCCCAUGAAGAACACGAAUAUGCAGAAAACGUUGCGAAUAAUUGGGAGUCUCUCUCUGAAGCCGUUGAGAGUAUGCCCUUUGAAUGA